GGGGAGGGGCCCCGGCCAUCUGGGACCCGUCGGGGUGUCGCUGCCAGCGGCCAUGGCCACCCCUGGGCGUCCCCUCGCCGGCCUCUUCCUCCUCUCCCUCCUCUCCCUCCACCGCUGGCCCCCGGCGACCUCCCAGUGCCACCGGGCGCGAGGGGCCGCCUGCUCGGCCCCGCCGGCCCCCGGCCCCCAACUCCUGGGCACGGGCUUGGACGUCACCACCUUGGAAGCCACCGGCGGCCAGGUCCUGCUGGUGGGGGCCACCGACCCCCCCGGGGACUCGGGGGCCACCUGCCUGCUCUGCCGGGACCUGUUGGCCGGGGGCCGAGUCCGUCGGCUACCGGCCGGCGUCGGGGGGUGGCGUUCGGGCCGACGUUGCCGUCAGGGGACGACGGUGGCCACCGGCAGCCGGGCGGUGGGGGAGGUGGUGGCCGGGAGGGAGGAGGUGGCCCGGGGGUGGCGGGUGGGGCUGGGGGGAGGGGUGGGGCCGGGCAAGGAGGGGAGGGUGGCGGUGGCCGGGUCCCACUCGCGGGCGGCCGAGUUCGGGCUGCGGCGGCAGCGGGAGGAUCGUUACGCCUUCGCCAGCCUCCAGCUGCGCUGCGUCCUCUACUGGACCUGGGUCUCCCCCGCCGCCCGCCCCUCCCCCCACUUCUUGCGGGCCGUGCGGGCCCUGCCCCCCACCUUCAGCCGGGACACGGCGGCCGACUACGAGGAGCUGCUGGCCACCUACGGCACCCACUACAUCCGGGGGGCCCAACUCGGGGGCCGGCUGCGGGCCGUCACCGCCAUCCGCUCCUGCCGGGCCGCCAUGGCCGGCGCCAGCGCCCAAGAGGUGGCCGAUUGUUUGGGGGUGGAAGUGACGGCCGGCGGCGGGGGGCUUCGGGCCGGCCUCAUGGCGGCCGCUUGCCGCCGGGCCCGGGGAGGCAACCAAGGCAACGUCAGCUUCAACGAAGCCUACAGCGAGCGGCUGGUGGAGGUGGAAGGAGGCGACCAACAUGGCGACCUACUCUACGGCAGGCCCGAGGCCUACUCAAGAUGGCUGCAGAGCCUGCCGGCCAUCCCGGGGCUAGUGGCGGCCGACGUCCGUCCCCUCCACACCCUCCUGCCCCGCGACGAGCCCCGUCGGAAGGCGCUGAGGGCGGCCGUCGGCCAUUACGUGGCCUGGCGGGCUUUGAGGCUCAACUGCAGCCGGGUUUGCCCCGGCGGCCAUCUUGUCGGCCCUUGCCAGUGCGGUUGCCCGGCCGACGCCGCCAUCACCCCCGACUGCUGCUCGCGGCAACGGGGGACGGGGCGGCUGACGGUGACGGUGUGGGGCGGGCGGGGGUGGCGGGGGGACCACUUCUCCAUGACGGACGCUUACGUACGGGUGACGGCCGGGGCUCAAAGCGCCCGGACGGCCACGGCCUGGAACCAAGACCGACCCCGUUGGGGGGCUCGUUUGGAUAUGGGGCGGGUGGCCCUGCCCCCCGGCGCCCGCCUGAGGUUGGAGGUGUGGGACGAGGACAACGGGUGGGACGACGACCUGCUGGGGGUCUGCGAGGUGGGGCUGGAAGCCACGGCGGCUACCGAGGGAGACGGGGAAAAGGCCGGCCUCUGCUUCCCCGGGGGCGGCCGCUUGGAAUUCGGCUACCGCCUGACCUGCGGCCGAGCCCUGGGGGGGUCCCUUUGCCACGAUUACGUCCCCCAACCCCCCGAGGGAGACGGGGGGCUCUACCGGUUCUCCCGUUGGCCACCCGGCCCCACGGACGGCCCCGUAGAGUGGCCCGAGGAAGAAGAAGAGGAGGAGGAGGAAGAGGAGGAAGAGGAAGAUCUCCGAGCCAACCCGGAGGUUCCCGUGGCCAACGGUUCCCCCGCGGAAGCCCCCGAGAUGGAGGUGGAUUUCGGGGAGGAGGAGGGGAACCCCCUGGGAGAGGCCACCGAGGCCUUCGGGCACCUGCCGGAGCCUUUGGGUGACCUGGGGGACGGGCCGCUGAGGGUGCGGCCACCGGCCGGCUUCAAGAAGGUCCCUCCGGGCCACCGAGAGCCAUCGUUGGGCCUCAAGGAGGUUCCUCGGGGCCACCAAGAUCCACCGUUGGGCUUCAAGGAAGGUUCUCCAGAGCUGGAUCCAUCCUCCGGCUUCAUGGAAGGUCCUCCAGGCCACCAAGAUCCAUCGUUGGGCCUCAAGGAGGUUCCUCGGGGCCACCAAGAUCCACCGUUGGGCUUCAAGGAAGGUUCUCCAGAGCAGGAUCCAUCCUCCGGCUUCAUGGAAGGUCCUCCAGGCCACCAAGAUCCACCGUUGGGCUUCAAGGAGGUCCCUCGGGGCCACCAAGAUCCACCGUUGGGCUUCAAGGAGGUUCCUCGGGGCCACCAAGAUCCACCGUUGGGCUUCAAGGAGGUUCCUCGGGGCCACCAAGAUCCAUCGUUGGGCUUCAAGGAGGUUCCUCGGGGCCACCAAGAUCCAUCGUUGGGCUUCAAGGAGGUUCCUCGGGGCCACCAAGAUCCAUCGUUGGGCCUCAAGGAGGUUCCUCGGGGCCACCAAGAUCCACCGUUGGGCUUCAAGGAAGGUUCUCCAGAGCUGGAUCCAUCCUCCGGCUUCAUGGAAGGUCCUCCAGGCCACCAAGAUCCACCGUUGGGCUUCAAGGAGGUCCCUCGGGGCCACCAAGAUCCACCGUUGGGCUUCAAGGAGGUUCCUCGGGGCCACCAAGAUCCAUCGUUGGGCCUCAAGGAGGUUCCUCGGGGCCACCAAGAUCCAUCGUUGGGCCUCAAGGAGGUUCCUCGGGGCCACCAAGAUCCACCGUUGGGCUUCAAGGAAGGUUCUCCAGAGCUGGAUCCAUCCUCCGGCUUCAUGGAAGGUCCUCCAGGCCACCAAGAUCCACCGUUGGGCUUCAAGGAGGCUCCUCGGGGCCACCAAGAUCCACCGUUGGGCUUCAAGGAGGUUCCUCGGGGCCACCAAGAUCCACCGUUGGGCUUCAAGGAGGUUCCUCGGGGCCACCAAGAUCCAUCGUUGGGCUUCAAGGAGGUUCCUCGUGGCCACCAAGAUCCAUCGUUGGGCUUCAAGGAGGUUCCUCGGGGCCACCAAGAUCCAUCGUUGGGCCUCAAGGAGGUUCCUCGGGGCCACCAAGAUCCAUCGUUGGGCUUCAAGGAGGUCCCUCGGGGCCACCAAGAUCCAUCGUUGGGCUUCAAGGAGGUCCCUCGGGGCCACCAAGAUCCACCGUUGGGCUUCAAGGAGGUUCCUCGGGGCCACCAAGAUCCACCAUUGGGCUUCAAGGAGGUUCCUCGGGGCCACCAAGAUCCAUCGUUGGGCUUCAAGGAGGUUCCUCGGGGCCACCAAGAUCCAUCGUUGGGCCUCAAGGAGGUUCCUCGGGGCCACCAAGAUCCACCGUUGGGCUUCAAGGAAGGUUCUCCAGAGCUGGAUCCAUCCUCCGGCUUCAUGGAAGGUCCUCCAGGCCACCAAGAUCCACCGUUGGGCUUCAAGGAGGUUCCUCGGGGCCACCAAGAUCCAUUGUUGGGCCUCAAGGAGGUUCCUCGGGGCCACCAAGAUCCACCGUUGGGCUUCAAGGAGGUUCCUCGGGGCCACCAAGAUCCAUCGUUGGGCUUCAAGGAGGUUCCUCGGGGCCACCAAGAUCCACCGUUGGGCCCCCAGAAGGUCCCUCCGGGGCCGGCCCCACUCCCAGGCCGUGGGGAGGGACCCCCAGCCCCAUAA